AUGGAGUUCACGUCAGGUUUGGCUAAGGUCUUGCAAGUGGGUCACAACCCGGCUAUAGGGAGCUCAGCUGGCAUGUACCACUUAGGUCGGAUGUUCCCCCUUUUGCCACCCCCAGAAGGUCGCGAGAAUGAAGAUGAACAACAAGUUGUUUCUUCCACUGCUUACAUGUUUUGUCGAGAUGGAUUCGUGUACAACUCAAAUAGCGAUCGAAGAGCAUUGGGGACACCAAAUGAGCCUCACGUGGCAAAGCGCCGUCCAAAGGCUGUUUGGAAGCGGGAGUGGUUCUUUAAGGGAGUUUUGGAGCGGAGGGGGAAUAAAUGUACAGCAUGCUUCAGACAGUUCAACAAACUAGAGCACCUUGUGGAGCACAUGAGGAUCUCAUACCAUUCGGUUCAUGAACCAACCUGUGGCAUUUGCAGGAAACACUGUAGGUCGUUUGAGUCUCUAAGGGAACAUCUUAUAGGUCCAUUGCCCAAACAAGAAUGCAGAGAUAUAUUUGCAUACAGAGGGUGCAAGUUUUGCUUGAAAGUCCUGGACAGCCCUAACACUCGCAGGAUCCACCAAGAAAAAUGCCAACUCUCCGGAACAAAUGCCGGAAUAAUUGGUCGCUUUUCAAACUUGGGACUUCGUGAUAAUUUGGCUAUUGGAGGUGGAACAAGAGGACCACAAGUAGUUGCACUAGCAUGUAAAAUGGUUGGAGGUGGCAGUGAUGGCUCACUGGAUCUCUGUGCAAGAGUAUGCUUAAUUGAUGAGCAUGAGAACAUCGUCUUCCAUUCUUAUGUGAAGCCACCAAUUCCAGUCACAAACUAUAGGUAUGAGACAACAGGCAUUAGACAAGAAUACCUGAGGGAUGCAAUGCCAAUGAGACAAGUUCAGAGGAAGAUUCAAGACUUUCUUUGUAAUGGAGAACCCAUGUGGACAAUUCGAGCAAGAGGUGGAAGAGCCAGGAUUCUAGUUGGUCAUGGCUUGGAUCAUGACCUUGAAUGUCUGCAAAUUGAAUAUCGAGCAGAGAAAAUAAGGGACACUGCAAAAUACCCUCCACUGAUGAAAACGAGUAAGCUGAGCAACUCACUCAAGUACUUAACACAAACAUAUCUUGGGUAUGACAUUCAAACUGGGAUUCAGGAUCCUUAUGAUGAUUGUGUUGCAACGAUGAGGCUAUACAUGAGAAUGAGAUCCCAAGUACAUAAAAUAGAGGAUUACCCUCUAGUAUCUGACCCUCAGAACAGGAAUAAUUUUGCUUCGUGGAGGCAAAGUGAGCUUGAGAGGAUGAGUCCUGAACAGAUGCUUGAAAUCUCAAGAUCUGACUACUACUGCUGGUGCUUGGAUUCCUUGUAUAAUCCCUGAAUGGAUAAACCAAGUACACCAAUCUGAAGCUCAUGAACAACAGGGAAUUGUUUAGUUCACUGCGGAUUUAACCGAUAUAUUACUAUCUAGUAUAAGUAAAAAAUAAAGAGCCCCAAACAAGUACCGUUUCUACAAGUUAAUAACUUAUUAUAUUAAUAUGACUCAAUUAAAGCAGUAACUUUCACUGCUAUCAUAUUUAGCACCCAAUGGCUGAGGUAUGCUCAUGGUAUGUAUGGACAUAUUUAUUUGGCAAAUACAAUGUGAGCAAUUCUG